AUGCUGGAGUUUGUCACUGCCGCGGUCCAUUUUCGCUUUGGACCUUUUCAACCAAGCGACCUGGUGCAGAGGUUGCUACUGUUCUCUUCCUGCCUGCUGCCAAAAAUGAUCUUGUGUUUGGCGCAAGUGCGGGUAUUGGUACUGCAGGCUCAAUCCCUUCACGGGACCCUUGCGGGUCCUACGCACACCGCAGAAGGCGGAUUAUCUCCUCCAAUUCACUUGACUGCCGCUACUCAGAAUAUAUCUGAGACGCCAGUCAUAAUUGGUACCAUUCGAACGCAAACCAAAAUCCCUUCUGCUAGAUUUGGUUCGCGCCGUUUCCGAGCGUGUUUGUUCAUCAACGAGAAGAAACCAGCAAAACUGUUGUGGAUAGCACUCAUAGCCACAGGCGGGGAGGCGGCAGAGUAUACCAAUACGAAGCACGGCAGUGAUCGUCUGAUAAUAAUACCUGACACAUUAAAAACUUCUCUGUCUCGACACAAACACGUAGAGCCUGUACAAUGCAAGCAUGUUCUGCGAAGACCAUCACCGUAUGCCCUCGAAGAUACUUGUAUCAAAUGUGGUGAGUCGCAGAUCGAGUUAAAAAAAGAGCUGCGCAUGGCAAAGAUGACAGAGGAUGAAAUAGAUCAUGCUGCGCGACUGUAUGCUUCUUUCUACAAAUACGAAAAGCACUUGGAUGCGAUCACAUUGGCGCUGUUCUCUGACCCUACUUUUAAUAUAUCGGAGUUGCCGGCGUCGCUGCGGGAAAUGCUGAAGAUCGCUGAAAUCGAAAAGCCUGAGCUUUGA